AUGGAGGAACAAUUCAAAGCAGUGUUGGAAACACUCCAGCGCUUGGAGGACGAGAACACGCAGCUGAAGGAGCAGCUCAAGAAAAACGAGGACGACGAGGCCAGGAAGAAGGAGGCCGACGACGCCAAGAAGAGCGAGGCCGCAGCUCGUGCGAGAUCUACCCCGCUGGUCCCGACCAGCGUGGACACCAAGCUGAUCAACAAGCCAGGCGAGUUCAGCGGGAAGGAGGCGGACUGGCCGAGGUGGUCUCUGACCAUGCGGGCCUACCUCGGAGCAGUGUCCGGCCGGAUGCUGGAGCUCAUCCGGAAGGCAGAGAACUUCGACGAGAGCCUCGACACGGUGGACCUGGACCCGGGCGACGACCAGCUGGACGCACAGUUGUACUUCAUCCUGACGACGCUGCUCAAAGAGAGCAUGAUGGAGAAGCUGGAGACCGUCGAGUACGGAGAAGGUCUACAACUCUGGAGGUUCCUGGUGGCAGAGUUCGAGCCGAAGCUCGCGUCUCGCAAGAUGGCCCUGCAGCAGGCGUACCUCAACUUCACGUUCAACAAGGACGAGGACCCGCGGAAGGGCAUCGACAGGCUCGAGACGCAGAUCCGCCAGUGCCAGGCCGCCACCAAGAAGACCGUCGACGACGACACCCGGACCGGAGUGCUGUUGAAGCCGCUGGCCGGCGGCAGCGAGUUGCAGAAGAAGUUGGGCGACCACUUCGUUCUCAAUGCGUACCGCGUGGACACUUUCAUCGAGAUGAAGAGGGAGAUCCAGGAGUACCUCGGAGUCAAGCAGUGGCUCGUCCCUGGCGGUUCGGCGGAAGUCCUGGCCGUGGGGGCCGGCGGUAAAGCUAGCCAGAAGGGCCAGGUGAAGGGCGAGCUCAAGAUCAAGUUCGCUGGAGAUUGCUACUGCUGUGGCAAGCCUGGCCAUAAGAAACUGCGCCAGGUCUCCGAGGCGCACGAGGUCGGCAUGGUCCACGCCCAGACGACGACGAACCACGUAACCAUGGGCAUUGACAGCGGCGCGGAUGUCACGGUGUGGUCCCCGGUGCUCUUCCCGCAGGUGGCCACGGAGGAGAGUCCAGGAUUUCGUCGGGGAGUGAAGUUUUUUGGACCAGGAGAUCGUGAAACCCCUAGCCUUCCCAAUCUUGGACGACGACGGUAUGAUUUCAGGAUAGGAGGUUUGAGGAGUAGCGCCAACGUGAACGUGAUGCCGGUGAGGAAGCCUCUGCUGGCGAUGUGCUCGAUGAUGGACGCCGGCCACGACCUGCAUUUCAAGCGCGGCGGCCGGUGCUACGCAAAACACUGCAAGACCGGGGAGGAGAUCGAGAUCACACGUCGAGGAGGUAAAUUUGAGAUCGACGCCGAGGAGACAGCGAGGCACGAUAUCGAUCACAUGCCCUACGCCGCUUGGUGUCGUAGCUGCGUGGCUGGCAAGGGUGAGGCGGACCCACACUUCCUGAAGACGUCCGACGACUUGGGUGUCCAGGGAGUGGCUUGUGACUAUUGCUUCGUGGGUGACGCCGUCGAGAGCGACAAGACUACCGACAAGUGUUUGCCCAUCCUUGUCCACAAAUUCUACGGCGAUCGCUGGGUAUCGGCACGCGUGGUUCCACGCAAGGGCCCAGAGACGCACGCUGUGAAGGCCACGGUGGACGACGUUAUGCAGGCAAUCUUCGGCAAAUUUACUUACAAGAGCGAUGGGGAGCCUGCGAUCAGGUCGCUCAAGCAGGAGGUGGUGAAGAAGUUGCGGGAGGUUGCUGGCCCUGUGGACUCGCAGCUGAAUGCUGUUGUCGAGCGUGCUAUCUGGGUGUUCCAGAGCACGGCUCGCACCCUAGUGCACGCGUGCUUGGAACAUCAUCGCGUCCAGGUGCCGCUCAAGCACCCUCUGAGGAUCUAUGCCGUGGAGUACGCAGGGCAACUACUGAACAGGUCCCAGCGUGCCGCCAAGGACAACAGGACCGCCGACGAGAUACGCAAAGGCAAGCCCUAUCGCCGGAAACUGCCUCCAUUCGGGGAGGCCGCGAUGUACGUGCCAGUGUCGACGGCGCGGCGGCGACGGAAGUUCGAGGACAGGUGGGAGGCCGGCAUCUACUUGGGGCUGGUGGAGCGCAGCAACAUGUUGCUCGUCGGCACGCCCCGCGGCGUCUUCAAGGUGAACUGCGUGAAGCGGUUGAUGGAGAUCCAGUCCAGCGACCCGGAGCUCUUGAAAUCCAUCUACCUGGAGAAACAGGAGGCCAAACCGUCGACUACGAACCCCUCCGGGCAGCUGAACCAAUCGCCCCUGAGGCGGAGUUGCCCCCGCGAGUUCCGAAACCAAGAUCUUCAGAAGUUAGUCCGACAAGAUUUUACAUUCGUCGCGAGGUUGAGCUUCGAGCAGACGGUUUCUCAGACAAUUGUCUUGGAUGUGCAGCGGCAUCUGAAGGCCGACCAGCACGCCUUCACGCACAGGAGUGCCGUAACAGGAUCGAGGCGGCGGUCUUGGCGGACGAGAGGUCCGAGGUUCGACAGCGAGUCGAAGAAGCCCAUCGUCGACGAGGCGAGGCAGGAGCACCACCAGACAGACGACCAGGGGGAGCACAGGUUCUACGACCAGGCGAAGUCGCAGGAGAGGCGCCGACGGAAGCGGGUAGCGCCGCGCCGUCGGGCCAGCCAGGGAGCGCGCCCGAAGCGGGUAGCCCCGCGCCGGCAGACGCUCGGAGACAGCCAGGGAGCGCUCUGGAAACGGGUAGCCCUGCGCCGGCGGACGCUCGGGGCCAGCCGGGUUCGCAGGAAGCGGGUAGCACCGUGCCGGCUAGCAGUCCAGGCCAGGCUCCGGCACCCCCUCGAGCAGGAGCGGGUAGCACCGCACUGCGGAGAGGUGAGGUCAGGGCUGGGGACGACCCAGCCAGGUAGUCCGCACGAUCGGGCUGCCAGGAGGGCGCGACGCGAGGUCGCGGAGAUUGUGGGCGAGCUGAUGCACCUGGGAGCGGCUAUCGGGCCGCGGCUGCAGGAGGCGAUCCGGCAGCCUAGCAAGGACGACGUCGACGUUAUCGAGUCGGAAGGGUUUUGCAGGAAGCGGUUCACUGACCAGGCGCCCCGGUGGGGGGUGCACCCCGGGGUCGCACUAGAUCUGACUACGGGUUGGGAUCUUGAUGACCAGACGCGCGAGCUCACGAAGCUCCAGGGCAGCGACGACGAAAAUGCCACCAGCAGCGCGGGGGCCGUGAGUCCCACCGCGGAGAGUAGGCCGGCCAUAGUGGCGGCAGCGUUGCGGGGUCUGCGCAGGCAGCUGCAUCAGGACGGCGCGGUCAGCAUCGACGCCCUGGAGCUGGGCCUGACCGGCCACGACACCCAGGAGUGGGACGAAGACGGGCUCGAGCAGUUUUUCGACGAGCUGACGGGCGAGCGGCUGAGGCCGAAGGGCGUCAGGGAGGCCAAAGUCAAGGAAAUUGAGUUUCUUCGCACCUCCCCCGUCUAUGAGAAGGUGCCGGAGGCGAUGGCCAAGGGCAAAGAGUUCAUCUCGACAAGGUGGACCAUAACCAGCAAAGGGGACGUGGUCGCACCAGACGUUCGAGCUAGAUUCGUCGGGCGCGAGUUCAAGUGGAAGUCGCCGGGGAUGGAGAACACUUUUGCCGCGACUCCACCACUGGAGUCGUUGAAGUACCUGCUGUCCCGGUUCCAGUCGCGCAGGAGGGGUCCAGACAGGAGCCCCGGAGAGCGAAAGAUCCUAGUCUUGGGCGUCUCUCGACCGCAUUUUCAUCCAAAGUGCCGCCGGGAACUGUGCAUCCGGCUGCCAGAAGAGGACGCUCAGGCAGGCUUCGUGGGCAGAUUGCUGCGCGCCCUGUGCGGGGCACGGGAUGCAGCAAACGUCUGGGGCGAGUUCUUCAGCGAAGCGAUCGUCAGGCGCGAGCGCGAGGGCCUCCGGAGCGUAAUGAUCCUUAAGAGACGCGCGAAACUUGGCUGGGGCACAGCAGACGACAAGCACGCGGCCAUCCUGAACAGGUUGGUGGACUUGAACGAUGCGUCUCGGGUGGUUUCUCUUGAACCUGACCCGCCCCAUGUUGACUUACUUCGUGGCUUGGUUGGUUUCGACGGCCGGUCGAAGUCCGCGGCGACACCGGCCGACAAGCGGUUGGAGGACAUGCACGACGAGGAGCCCCUAGGCCGAGGGCGGGCGACAGCAUUCCGAUCCGCAGCAAUGAGGCUAGCUUAUCUCGCUGCAGACGUCCUGGUGCACGGGUUCAGCGCAAACAGGCUGGCGAGAUUCAUGGCUAAGCCAACGGUUGGGUCUUCGGCACGCUUGAAGAGAUGCUUGAGAUACCCGCACGGUCACGGCCGAUGGAUCCAGAAUUCCCCGUUGCAGGACCGGCCCGGAAGGAUCGACGUGUACGCAGACAGCGACUGGGCUCAGGACCCUGAUCGAAAGAGCGUGUCUUGUGUAGUCACCAUGCACGGCGCGCACUGUCUGCGAGUGCAGGUGGCGACCCAGACGGCCCCUGCAUUGAGCUCUGGCGAGGCGGAGUUUGCCGCCCAGGUGUCCAUAGACUUGCACGCCGACAGCGCGGCAGGCAAGGGCAUCGCGUCAAGAGUGGGCUUGGGCAAGGUCCGUCAUCUUGACACGGGUUUGCUCUGGCUACAACACCACGUCAAUCGCAGAGACCUCCGGACCAGGAAGGUGCAUAAGGACGAGAACUUGGCGGACAUCGGUGCGAAAGCCGUCAGCGUCAUAGUGCAGGAGAUUUUGAUGAAGUUGAUGAACUUCAGAAAGGCCACAGGACGGCACCCGAAGGCGCUGAAGAUUGCCGGAGAAGGGGUCGAGCCAGAAGCGGGCAGCACCGCGCUGGCCGACGAGCACGACUGAGAACGACCUUUCUGCGACCAUGGGCGUUUGAGUUCAGAAUGGCAGCGGUUAGAGCGUGGCCUGUCCUGCGAAGACAGGAUGCGGCCAAGGAGGGGCGUUCGGGUUAAACCCCUGCCCCGGGGAAGGAUGUAGGAAGCAGCGUGGCAGUUUAGCAUGGUAGUUGGGUGCAGCAUGCAGCACGGCCGGCCGGCAGAGAGACAUACCGGAAACUCUUUGGCCCAAGAGCGCGAGGGAGA